UGUCGUCCGUUAAUAGUUAAACCAUAUAAAUUUCCAACUCUCUCCACCAAAAUGUACACCUAGUUAUCAUUUGAACAUCAAAGAUUAGGAAACAAGAAUGAGCAAACUACACAUAUUGAUAAUACCAUAUCCAGUACAAGGCCAUGUUAUUCCCUUAAUGCAGCUAGCUCAGUCCUUAGCUAAAUAUGGCUUCAAGAUCACUUUUGUCAACACAGAGUCCACACGCAAGAGUAUUCUGAAUUCUUUAUCAGGAAAAAAUAGUUUGCAUGAUCAGAUUCAUCUGGUUUCAGUUCUAGAUGAAUCGGAAUCGGGGGAGGAUAAGAAUGUGCCAGGUAAAUUAUCUGAAGCAAUCUUUAAAAUCAUGCCUGGAAAAAUUGAGAAGUUGAUUGAAGUAACUAAUGUAUCGGAAGACGAAAGGAUUACUUGCAUUAUUGCUGAUCAGAGCCUUGGAUGGGCUCUGGAACUUGCAGACAGAAUGGGAAUUAAGAGAGCAGCCUUCAUAACUGCUGCAGCUGCUAAUUUGAUACUUGGAUUUAACAUUCCAAAGUUGAUUCAUGAUGGCUUGAUUGACAAUGAUGGGACUCCAAGAAUAAAAGAUCAUACUUUUCAGUUUGAACCAACUAUGCCAAUCAUGAACACAUCAGAUUUACUUUGGACAAGCAUGGGGAAUUCAACAAUGCAAAAAAUCAUUUUCAACAUGUUGGUUCACAACAAUAAAUCUGUGAAAUCAGCUGAUUGGCUUAUUUGCAACUCAACAUAUGAUCUUGAACCAGGAGCCUUCAAAUUAGCACCAGAGAUAGUGCCUAUAGGUCCACUUUUGUCAAACAACUCACUCGAAUCAAACGCGUUGUCACUUGAAGCAGAAACCCUUAUUUCUUCUAGAGAAUCUCCUGAUUCACUAGCCGGAUCGUUCUGGCCCGAGGACUCAACUUGUCUAAACUGGCUUGAUCAACAGCCAUUAUGCUCAGUUGUGUAUGUAGCCUUUGGGAGCUUCACAAUAUUCAAUGAAACUCAGUUUCAAGAAUUGGCAUUAGGGCUUGAACUAUCAAACAAACCAUUCUUAUGGGUUGUGAGAACUAAUACUCUAGAUACUAAAAGUGAUAUUUUCUUGAAAAAAUUUGAAGAAAAAAUAGGGAGGCAAAAGGGGAAAAUAGUGAGUUGGGCACCACAACAAAAGGUGUUGAGUCAUUCUAGUAUAGGUUGUUUUGUUAGUCACUGUGGUUGGAAUUCGACGAUAGAAGCAAUGAGUAACGGUGUUCCAAUCUUGUGUUGGCCUUAUUUUGCUGACCAAUUUAUGAACCAAAGUUAUGUUUGUGAUAUAUGGAAAGUUGGAUUAGGACUAAAGAAAGGGGAUAAUGGGUUUAUUAGUUGUGGAGAAAUUAAGGUUAAAGUGGAACAAUUGUUAGGGAAUGAUGUAUUCAAGAAAAGAGCUAUGCAAAUCAAGGAAAUGAAUAUGAACUCAGUGAAAGAAGGUGGAAAGUCUCACCAAAAUUUGAUAAAUUUUAUUGAAUGGAUUAAAUCAUCAUAGGAAAUUGAAGGAAGAUUUGUGUGUUUUUCUGCUUAAAUUCAUGUAUUUUUUUUAUGUUGUUGUAAGUGUGGUUUUAUCAUUUUGUUACCAAGUGUGUUAUGUUUUAUGUUGGUUAAAUACAUAAGCAGAUACCUAAACUUGUUAGGUUAUUUCUCUCA